UUAUUUAUAGCACUGCUGACAGAAGCCCACAGCGUUGGGGCAAUCCAGUGAGGCACAUGGCCUGCGUGGUGGUGGCCCUCUUCCCCACUGGUCUGGUUGCUGAGCAGAAGGAAGGGCUCUGACGCCACAGGCUGUCAUAAACUCGGGUGUCAACAUGACUGAGCGCUUUGAUUGCCACCACUGCAAUGAGUCUCUCUAUGGCAAAAAGUACAUUCUGAAAGAGGAGAACCCGCACUGCGUGGCCUGCUUCGAGGAGCUCUAUGCCAACACAUGCGAGGAGUGUGGCACCCCUAUUGGCUGCGACUGCAAGGACUUGUCCUACAAGGACCGGCAUUGGCAUGAAGGCUGUUUCCACUGCUUCCGUUGUGGGAGCUCGCUGGUGGACAAGCCCUUUGCCGCCAAGGAGGAGCAGCUGCUGUGCACUGACUGCUAUUCCAACGAGUACUCAUCCAAGUGCCAGGAAUGCAAGAAAACCAUCAUGCCAGGUACCCGCAAGAUGGAGUAUAAGGGCAGCAGCUGGCAUGAGACCUGCUUCACCUGCCAGCGCUGCCAGCAGCCCAUCGGAACCAAGAGCUUCAUACCUAAGGACAACCAGAACUUCUGCGUGCCCUGCUAUGAGAAGCAGUAUGCCCUGCAGUGCGUGCAGUGCAAAAAGCCUAUCACCACAGGAGGUGUUACUUACCGGGAGCAGCCUUGGCACAAGGAGUGCUUUGUGUGCACAGCCUGCAAGAAGCAGCUAUCUGGGCAACGAUUCACGGCACGGGAUGAGUUUCCAUACUGCCUGACCUGCUUCUGUGACCUGUAUGCCAAGAAGUGUGCUGGGUGCACCAAUCCCAUCAGCGGUCUCGGUGGCACAAAGUACAUCUCUUUCGAGGAACGUCAAUGGCACAACGACUGCUUUAACUGCAAGAAAUGCUCCCUGUCCCUGGUAGGGCGAGGCUUCCUUACAGAGAGAGAUGACAUCCUCUGUCCUGACUGUGGGAAGGACAUCUGAAGGCAGCCCAGGAGC